UGGAAAUUCCGUUUGAUGACCCCCGUGUGCUUUGGAAGGUUCCUUUGGAAGUGCUUUCCUUGACAUCUCUCGGAGUGGUCCUACGGAAAACUGUCCUGUGCACGGAAGAAUUAAGACUGUGGAUGAAAAGAGGGUAGAUUGUCCAGAGGUUUUUUGCCCUGCAGUUGGAAGAGCAGUAUUUGCCGAGAGCAUAGUAGGAUCUUGACAACUCAGCUGCUCUACUGAAGCACAGACUUGUAUCUUCACAAUUACUGUUUUCUUGGGCUGUCAUCGUCUGAGCUAAUAGAGGAGUCAGGUCUCUGGAUGGCAGACUCUGAAAAAAAAUGCUGUUUUAAGAGACUGAAUCCAGCAGUCUCUACAUCAGAUGACUUCAGUGUGUAUGUGAUUACUUGAAAAACACUCAAGACAGGCUCUCCUGCCCUCUCAACCAGUUGGGAAGCAAUCCAAGCUGUCUCCUAGGCCUGGACACCAAAGAUGCUAACGAGAAAGAUUAAGCUUUGGGACAUUAAUGCCCAUAUAACCUGUCGUCUGUGCAAUGGAUACCUUAUUGAUGCUACCACUGUAACAGAAUGCUUACAUACUUUCUGUAGAAGCUGCUUAGUGAAGUAUUUGGAGGAAAACAACACCUGUCCAACGUGCAGAAUUGUUAUACAUCAGAGCCAUCCAUUACAGUAUAUUGGCCAUGACAGAACAAUGCAAGACAUUGUUUAUAAACUUGUGCCAGGCCUCCAAGAAGCGGAAAUGAAAAAACAGAGAGAGUUCUAUCACAAGCUGGGCAUGGAAGUACCAGGGGACAUCAAAGGGGAGACAUGUUCUGCAAAGCAGCAUCUGGAUUCCCAUCGAAAUGGUGAAACUAAAACAGAUGAAAAUUCAAACAAAGAAACAUCUGAGGAAAAACAGGAAGAAGAUAAUGACUAUCACCGAAGUGAUGAGCAGGUAAGCAUCUGCUUGGAAUGCAAUAGCAGCAAAUUGCGUGGACUAAAGCGAAAAUGGAUUCGCUGCUCAGCACAAGCAACAGUCUUGCAUCUAAAGAAGUUCAUUGCCAAAAAACUUAACCUUUCUUCUUUUAAUGAGCUGGACAUAUUAUGCAAUGAAGAGAUUCUUGGCAAGGACCACACACUCAAAUUUGUAGUUGUUACUAGAUGGAGAUUUAAGAAAGCACCUCUACUGCUGCAUUACAGACCCAAAAUGGACUUGCUGUAAGGGAACUUUAUUGUCCUUCUGGACGUAGUUUUUUGCAGAGACUAUCAUCUGGCACCUUCUUAGUGCGUCGCUAGUCACGUGACACAAACCAGCCGAAUAAUUUUGGAAGACUGUAGUGCUUUCAUAGCGAACUGUCCUUCUGAAUAUUUCUUCUCUGGAUGUGUUACCUGGAUUGCUAGACAGAAAAUAUUUAUACUUUUUUGUACGAAAAAAAGAUCACCACUUAACAAGACACUACCAGCACUAAGUUUACAGAUACUGAAAAUACUUCAUAGUUCCAUGUAGCUCAGCCUGAUUUCUUUGCAGUUACGCUGAAAUAAGUUAGUGUUGUGAGGUGAUUUUAAAAAGUUGCUUUUGACACCAGAUUGCAUUUAGUUAUUUUUCACAUCUUGAAACUUUUAAGAAUCUGAUCCACUAUAUUUUUUCAAGAUUUUCCUAUCUUAAGUAGUAUGACUGAUCACAUUGGCUUUCAUCAAGUUUUUCUGUAGAGCAUUGAACAUACCUAUUGAUACAGUGACUGGUGAUACUUAUUUUUGCUCCAUUGAAAAAAUCCUGAAAGUCUGGGGAUUCAAUAACUUCAUUAGUUUUACCCAAUGAUUGAUCUUCUAUACUUUGUUUUUUAGGAAAGCUUUGAUAUUUCUUUUGCAUGUUGAUUCAAUAAGAUUAAUAGAAAUAAGUUCAGUUAAUUUAAUGUGCCCUGAUAUUUUGCUGUGGUAUAAAUUGCACCACAUCACAACAAAUGCACAAAAGUACUAGAUGGG